CGACACUACUGUAAGUGGCUAGCAGCUAAAGCUCGAAAGGUUACCACCAGAUCCAAACGCUUAUUUCAACUUAACUCAUGACUUAGUUGGCCUUAAUUUGACACACUGCUUGAACAUAACGAGCACGAAAAUGAGAGAGGAGUAGAGAUAGUGCCAAAUCGUUUCAAUAAACUUCUGUCGAGCGACUACUUUUCUUUUUUUUUUUUGUGUGGUUUUUUUUUUUUACCUGAAGAGAAAAACCAAUGCUGAGGUUGGUCAAAACGUCUAUUGUCUGUUUGUUAAACGAUAGCUAAGGCGAGUUAGCGAGUGUAACGGAGGAGGAGGAGGGACACUUUUAGAAUCAGCAUUGCUCUUUUGUUCACGCUGGACUUUCGCUCUCCGUGAAUCUGUCGCGAGUGUUAUUUGUUAUUGUUUGGUUUAAGCGGCUGUAGCUUCAGGGUGGCUAAUCGUUAGCUCACAUCAAAAGCGAGCCGUCGCCAUGUCGGCUGUUCGCCCCCGGUGGCUGAUGAUAACAGCCUGAGAGGUGGUCAAAGCGCUGGUUCACCGACCGACGACGCCUCACGACUACAGACGGCUUCAUUCAGAGGUCAAACGCGGGGGGUUUGUUGUCCGCACUGCAGGGCGCGUUUCGCUCCUGCUGUGAUCGAUACCAUGACACCGUAGAUACCAACAGGUAGACUGUCCAUCAGGCCCAGCCAGGUGGUUCAAGCACACUGUCACAACAAAAGCAUUCACCCUGCUGAAGUGUCCUUGAGCAGGACAGUGGAUGUCUGCCAGGGUGGAGGUGCAGGUGGAGGGGGGCAGGAUUAUUUACCCCGUUGAGAUCCGGUGCUGCAGGUUGGAAAUCUAAAGCCGAACCAGAUUGGAGUUGUAUCUUUAAGAGAUGGGCUCCGAAAACCCGGAGGACUUUGGACCAGCUGUGAUCCUCGCUGAAGAUGACCAGCAAGAAAUCGGAGGCCUGAUCAACUCUGAUGGAGAAGAAGUGGAUUUCUCAGAUCUCAGAGAGAGUGCCAUCCCUGGCAUUGUACCUGCAGAGGUUCCCUCAAAGACAUUUGAUCAGAGCGAGAAUGAAAAACCAGCGUCUCUUCACAGCUGCUCGGUGUGCGGGAAGGACUUCCCUUACGCCUCUAAACUUCAGCGCCACUUACGUACUCACUCAGGAGAGAGGCCUUUCCCCUGCUCGAUGUGCGAGAAGAGAUUUCCCGAAAAGGGGCUGCUCAUGAUCCACGAAAGGGUCCAUACUGGGGAAAAGCCAUUCCCAUGCACUUUCUGUGAGAAAAGAUUUGCCAGUCAGGGGGAGCUCAGGCUGCACCGACGGACACACACUGGCGAGAGGCCGUAUCACUGCUCCAUCUGUCUGAAGAGCUUUUCCCGACACUGGCAUCUGAAAACUCACUUAGAGGCGAUGCACUCUGAGGUCGUCGCUGGCUUUACGAGGAAGAAGUUUCCGUGUUCGGACUGUGACAAGAGCUGUAACUCUGCAGCUGAGCUCAGAGAUCAUCAGAGGACUCACACCGGAGAGAGGCCCUACCAGUGCUCUUUCUGUGACAAAAGGUUUGCUUUGUCCGGUACACUUGUGAGACACGAGCGUCUCCACACUGGCAUCACGCCCUAUCACUGCUCCGACUGUGGGAAGACAUUUGCACAGCAGUGGACUCUGACGACACACAUGCGGACUCACACGGGAGAAAAACCUUACAGCUGCACACAGUGCGACAAGUCUUUUGUAGCCCCAGGAGAGCUUCGGAGGCACACCAGGAUUCACACAGGAGAAAAGCCGUACACCUGCGCGGACUGCGGGAGGCACUUCUCACUGGCAGGGACUCUCAGAAACCACAAGAGAUCGUGUACACAGAACAAGAAUGGGUCAGUCACGGGUGUCAUCUCAGACCCAGUUCAAGCUGCAGUCGGUGAAACAUCCCAGCAGGACCUGAACAACAGCAUGAGCUCGGAGGUGUCUGACAGUCAGAGUUUGCCCAGUGCAGUUGAGCCCCAUUCUUCAGAGGGUCUUAACUGUGACAAAGCAGCUCAGUGUGAAAGUAACCUGAGAGAAGCAGAAGAGCGACGGGAGGACGUCACUCCCUGUCCGCAUAUGAAUGUAAUAGUGAAAGAGGAGGAAGAGGAGGAACCUUUGUGUGUAGAAGAAGCUUCUGACCAGGUGUCUGGUAGUGAGGACUGUACCACACCAGAGGAAACUGAAGAGCAGCAGCAGGAAAGCAACACAGAAAUUAGGAUUACAGUAAAGGAGGAAGAAGAACUUGUCAACAUGUCUGAAGAAGAUCCUGAUCAUGUCGGUGACAGUGAAAAAGACAGUCCUCCAGCCUCACCAGUGCAGGAUCCCUUUAACGACAGUCUGACAAAGAGCUCUUACUGCUGCGGGCUCUGUGGAAGAGACUGUCACAAGAUGUCUGCUCUUCAGAUUCACAUGCGAAUCCACUCGGGAGAGAAACCUUACCAAUGCACUCUGUGCGGCAAGCAGUUCACGCAGAAAGGUCAACUCAAAGGUCACCAGAAAGUCCACACGGGAGAGAAACCGUUCUCCUGCCCGGACUGCGGGAAGAGUUUUGCCCACUCGGGGGCCAUGAACAGACACCGGCUCACGCACACAGGAGAGAGGCCCUACCACUGCUCUGUGUGCGACAGGAGCUUCAACCAGUCCGGCCGCUUGAGGGAACAUGAGAAAAUCCACUUUGGGGAGAAGUUUGACUGUCCAGAGUGUGAAAAGAGUUUUACGCGAGCUUCAAGCCUCAAGAACCAUUUCAGGCUUCACACAGGCGAGAGGCCGUAUGGCUGCGACAUCUGCGGGAGGGGCUUCAGCCGCUCACAAAGCCUGAGGCUCCACAGAAGGAAACACGAGCAGAUACAGACUGAGGAGGAGUCGGCAUUCGGUGUGAAGAACGAUGAUUUAUCACAGAGCGACGAUAACUCUCCGAUUAAUAUGUGUAUAACAGACAAAAAUGACUGAUAAUGUAUUUAUAUAAACCAUAGAGAUAUGUACCAGUAGUAGUAUUACAAUACAAGAUUUUAGGCAGUAAAACAUGAAUUGUAAGAGCGGAAAGUAAAGGACUACCUCUGUGAAUAGACCUUCAUUAAACCUUUACAUGGUGGUUUACAAAAAAGUAUUAAACCUAAAAUAUUUAACUCCCAGACCCGCACACACAAAUUAAUAGACAGGCAAACGUCAGGUGAUGUUCAGCAACUAACAACACAGUUUCAGACAAAAUGACCAAACAAAUAUUUACUACAAACACUACUUUGGUAAAAAAAGAUCUUGGAAACUGCUUAGAUGAUAAAUUUAGAGGUCAUAUUUAUUCACGUUUAUCACUCUUACCUAUGUUAGUUGCAUUGAAGUAUCACACUGACAUUAGUAUUUAUGGUAGUACAAAUGACUCAUUGAAGGUCUGUGAUUUCACUUUUUCCAUGCAGUAUUUGUCAUUCAAACUAAUCGUGUAUGUGGAAAUUGGAUUGAAGAAUAAUUAUGUUUUUGUAUCAGACGUUACGAGGGCCAAUGAGCAGUCUAGGAAUCAGGUGAAACUGGAAUUCAUUCUUUGGCUAUGAGCUACUGAAAUGUCAGAAAUAUGUAUCCAGUAAUGAAGCAAUGGGAUCAUGAUAGUCAUCAGGUUUUUUUUUUUUUUUUUUCCAAAACCGUUUUGCCUUAGUGGUGAUUAUGUUUUUAUCUCUGUUUUGUACAGAAGUUAUUCAAAAACCAAAUCAUGAAUCAGGUUCACCUGGUUUAGACAACUCUCAAAGGCCAAGUAACCAUUGUGAAUAAAGGCAUCAUCCUCUAAGGCUGAUACAAAAGCCAAGUCAUGAAGCCAUGUAGAUGGUAAAUAUUGCCCAGUGCUGCCUCUGUCUAAUUGUAUGAGACAUGUUAUACUGAACAAUAAAAGUAAAAGUAC